ACAGUUCUAAUAUUCUAGUCUCAUCUGGCUGCAAAACAGUUCUAAUAUUCUAGCCUAAUCUGGCUGGUUGCUGCAAAACAGUUCUAAUAACCUAGUCUUCUCGUCUGGUUGCAAAACAGUUUUAAUAUUCUAGCCUCGUCUGGCUGAAAAACAGUUCUAGUCUUCUCGUCUGGUUGCAAAACAGUUCUAAUAUUCUAGUCUAAUCUGGUUGGUGGCUGCAAAAUAGUUCUAAUACUCAUCUCAUCUGGCUGCAGAAGAAUUCUAAGGGUUGUCUAGGGUUUCCAGUUAUAAACAGGGUUGUAAAAAGACAAUAGAAGGUAUGUCGAAGAAUCUGUAUAGGCAUGCCUCAGGGGCUGCUAAAAGGAGAAAGAAAAAUAAAGAGCAAAAAGAGACAGUAAAACAAAAGACGUAUAUGCAAUCUUUUUUAGUACCAAAGCAUCAGCUUGUUCAGACUGAUGGUGAUGAACAAGGAACAAGUUUCACCACAAGUAUAGAUAGUACUGCAGCGCAUCCUAAUGCUACAAAUACAUAUGCUGUCUCUAUCUCCAAUUUGGAGCAAGGAGUAAUUCCUUCUGCUCAUCAUAAAUCCAGCAAAAGCCGUGUAGAUUCUAAUACACCUCAGCCUGAUGAACAAGGAACAAGUUGCUCCAUAAGUCAAGUUGCUGACACUGAUCAAACUAUAGUAAGCCGUGCAUUACAUCCUAAUGAUGAUGAUGAAGUCGUCAUCCAGUCAUCCAGUCAUGCUGUUUGUACUAUAAUCACCAAAAGCACUAGAGAUACAGAAGUAGCUACUAUGGUGCAAAGCCCAUUGACCAUGGACUAUGAAGAAACUGGAGAUUAUGCCCCAGUUUCCCAAUCCCAGCAGUCCAUAUCUGCUAUACCAGAAAUUACAACAACUUCAAAUGCUAUCAAAAAUAUCAUUAAGAGUUACUCUAAUGAUCCUGCUGAGUGGGGAAGUAACAUUUCUGAAGAUUUGCGUGAAUAUUUUUCUAAGAAUCAAAUUCAAAAUAAGUAUGUGGACUACUCUGCAUCUAAAAGAACAUAUACUGAUAUUACAAGGUAUCUGACUAAAGAACUAUUCAUACGGAAAAGAAAUAAUGCUGAAUGUAUUACUCGUGAUUGGAUGAUCUACUCACCCUCAACAGGAACUAUAUUCUGUGUGCCGUGUAAACUUUAUAGUAGUUUGUCUCAUGCCCUUGCAACAUCGGGCUUUAAUGACUGGAAAAAUGCUGCUGCAAGAUUAAGGGAGCAUGAGAAUUCACCUGAUCAUCGCAAGUGUGUUUUCAUAUUCACAGACAGGGCAAACCCUGAAUGCCGAAUAGACCGCGCUCUUAUUGAACAAGAAGUUCAUGAACAGAAGUACUGGCGGGAAGUUUUAAGAAGGGUUGUCGAUGUUGUAAAGUUCCUUGGUGAACGUGGCUUACCAUUCAGGGGAACUGAUGAGCUAUUUGGAUCCCCACAGAAUGGGGCAUUUCUGGGAAUACUAGAGCUUAUUGCUAAAUAUGACCCAUUUCUUGAGCAGCAUAUAAAGAAGUAUGGUGGGUCAGGCAGAGGGGUAAGCAACUACAUGUCAUCUACCAUAGUAGAGGAGUUCAUCGAGUUAAUGGGAAAUAAAGUUGCUCAAGUAAUAGUGCAAGAGCUAUACACUGCCAAAUAUUUUUCUUUAAUUGUAGAUUCCACACCAGAUCUCAGUCAUGUUGAUCAGCUAGCAAUUGUACUACGUUAUGUUAACAAAGAUGGGCCUGUGGAACGGUUACUGGGGUUUGUUCCAAUCUAUUCUCAUACAGGAGAACAUCUUGAAAAUACUGUGUUGUCAUUCCUGGCUGUAUUGAAAAUUAAUAUUCAGGAUUGCAGAGGCCAAAGCUACGAUAACGCUAGCAAUAUGUCUGGCAGAUACAAUGGAUUGCAAGCUAGAAUUCGUGCAAUCAAUCAGUUGGCAUAUUAUGUGCCUUGUUCUGCACAUUCACUGAAUUUGGUUGGAACAUGUGCUGCAGAAUCCUGUCUUAAAGCAGCUACAUUUUUUAAUCUAUUGGAGUGCAUCUAUGUUUUUUUUUCUUCAUCCACUCAUCGAUGGAACAUUCUUAAAAAUGAGCUUUGCAAAGCUCCUGGAAAUCUUUCUGUAAAAGGUCUGUCUGGCACAAGAUGGGCUGCUCGUUCUGAUGCUACUAAAGCACUGAGAAUCGGUUUUCAGUAUGUGAAAAAUGCUCUCAGAGAAUUAGAGUCGUCUGAUCACCAAGUAAGAGUCCAACAUGAGGCAAAGUCCUUAUUGGGAAAACUCAACCACUUUGAAACCGCCAUUCUUCUUGUGGUGUGGGGG